CAGUAGUUGCUUGCAAUAUUCGACUUCAUACCUUGUUCAACAAAACCGUGUGCUGUGUUCAAACGAUCCAUAAAAAUCCAUUUGCCAUCACAAUUUCCUCAUUUCGUCGUCGUUGGAUUUGUGAGCACACUCGAUUGACUCUGGUCUUAUCCAACUUUAGAAGAGAUGCCACCCAAGUUUGAUCCCAACGCUAUACAUGUUAUCUAUGUUCGAGUUACUGGAGGUGAAGUUGGUGCGGUGUCUUCAUUAGCCCCCAAAAUAGGUCCCUUGGGACUGUCACCCAAAAAGAUAGGUGAACAAAUUGCACAAGCGACCAAGGAUUGGAAAGGAUUGAAAGUUAUGGUGAAGCUUACGGUACAAAACAGACAAGCUACAGCAACGGUAGUACCUUCUGCAGCCUCUUUGUUAAUAAAAGCGUUGAAAGAGCCAGAACGAGACAGGAAAAAGGUGAAGAAUAUCAAACAUAAUGGCAACUUGCCAUUGGACGAAGUUAUCAAAGUUGCCAAAGCUAUGCGUGCUCGUUCCAUGGCCAAGAGAAUGUCUGGAACAGUAAAGGAAAUAUUGGGAACUGCACACAGCGUGGGAUGUACAGUAGAUGGGAUGCAUCCUCACGACGUGAUCCAGAAAAUAGAUGCCAACGAAAUAGAAAUCGAAGACUAUGAAGCUCCAGAAGUAGCUGCAGCUGCUUAAGUAUUGGUGGCGAAUACAAAAGAUGGUUUUUAAAUAAAUUUCAAGUUUUCUUUUCAUAGAAAUCGUCCACAGCACUAUGAUUGGGAGUUUCUAUCUCGUUACGUUUAUCAAAUUGAAGUUUCUCUUGU